UUCGAGCAAAUCAGAAAGCAUGCCGAUAAAGAGACGGGCGUAACAGGCUGCAGCUGUAGCUCAAGGAAAUGAAGCCUCGGGCCUUCCCUCACCAGAAGUUAAGAGCGAUUGGACGAGGCAUGCUGGCCCUUUGAAGCAUGCGCAUUGCGCAGGUACUGACUGCGCAUGCGCAAGUGCUAUGCCAGCCAAUCAGAGGGCCUUGUACUGGUGUGCGGGCUAAACUAAGCGUGAUCGACCUCUGAGGGGAAGAAGGCUGUGAGGUAGUGUCGAGGGUCCGAGUAUCUCUAGUUCCAGGAGUCCUAUCUAUCCCAAGAAGAUUUUGACCAUGUCAAGCAGAGAAAUGGAGGCCACCGACAGUGCUGGCAUGCACCCAAGGCAGGAUCCAACUGUUGCAUCAGAUGACACCCUGAAUAUAGAUGCAAUCACUGCAGGCCUGCAGUGGACCAGCCCAGCCGAGGCCCUACAAGUGGGGAAACAUCAGGCGUUUGGACAUAAGGAAGGCACAGGUGAGUGCAGUGGUGGACCUGAGGAUGGAUCCACAACCUGGAGCCUGCCAGAACCCAGGAACAUUUCCAGAGGACCCCUUAAGAUCUUUCUUAAGGAAAACAGAGAAAGAAUUAGAUCGAUCAUCAACGAGUCUUUCCAAACCAUGCAGAAGAAAGUUGAGGAUGUUCUCAAAGUCCAGGGUGAACUAAGGCAGAAACUUUAUGAACAAUAUUCUCUUCAGAUUAAGAAUUUGAAUUGGAAGUUAAACGUGGAUGCAGGUCAAGUCAAGAAACAGGCAGAAAAGCUCUCUAGAAUAUUUAAGAAGCAAUGCAAAUUUGUUCUUCAGUCUCUGGUUCUUCAGAAGGAGAAAAUGGAAGAAUUUAAAUCUCUGUGUGAACAGUACUUGGAGAAACUUGAGAUGCUGAAGUACUCUUGGGAGAAUUCCAUGGCUGAAGAGCUGAGGGGUCUCAUAGACACCUUGGAGAUGAAACUUCUGAUGGUGAAUCGCCAACAAGAGAGUAUUGCUGCUCGACUGUCUCUCCUUGAUGUGUUACUCUCAUAAUACUUUGAAGAAAAAAGUCCAUUCAGGGGGAGAGGAGAUCAGCUGUGUGGAGCUACUUCUGGAGGCAUUUGCAGCUUCAGCAACUACAUCUUUCAUCAUCCUGUUCCGGAAGAAACCCCUAUCUGUUAAAACCCAAGAGGUCAGUUGCACACAAGAACUCACAGCAAUUAUGACAGCAUGUACCAGACCCAUGCAACCUUAAGCCAGACAAAAUCACAGCAUGGAUGGAACUGUUGGGAAUGACACUAUUAGCAAGUGAUAGACACUGGGAGAAGGAGAGUUGGCUUUCCUCAAAGGUGUGGCCCAUGAUAUGUCUAACAUGCUCCAAUGCUCCAGUCAGUGGCCAGCCACACAUGUAAAUAUUCACAGUCAACACUAAUGUAUCUCAGGUUAAAAACUUCACACAAAGUUGGGUAGGUUUGGAAAUUAGUGUGGAUUUGUAAGGUGAUGGGGAGGAAUGCAAAGAAGUUCAAAUACUAUGUGUGGAAAUCUUGGAUAAUUAAUAUUGUCUCUUAGAAAACAAGGGACUGAUCUGUUCUAGAUUGCUCUAUUUGCAUGCAAAUUUGUUGUCUUCUUGUUUUUAACUGCUGAGGCCGAGUAGUAUUCCACUUUGUAAAUGUACCACAAUUUCUGUAUCCUUUCCUCUGUUGUUUUCAGGUUCUUGCUAUUAUGAAUAA